GCCCCGCGCUGCGCCUCGCCGGGCCCCCGCCGCCGCCCCCUGGUCGCACCGCUGCUGUCGGGCUCCGGAGUAAUAUGCUCACCCGAGUGAAGUCUGCCGUGGCCAAUUUCAUGGGCGGCAUCAUGGCUGGCAGCUCAGGCUCCGAGCACAGCGGCGGUGGCUGUGGAGGCUCGGACCUGCCCCUCCGCUUUCCCUACGGGCGACCCGAGUUCCUGGGGCUGUCUCAGGACGAGGUGGAGUGCAGCGCCGACCACAUCGCCCGCCCCAUCCUCAUCCUCAAGGAGACGCGGCGGCUGCCCUGGGCCACUGGCUACGCAGAGGUUAUCAAUGCCGGGAAGAGCACACACAAUGAAGACCAAGCCAGCUGUGAGGUGCUCACCGUGAAGAAGAAAGCGGGGGCCAUUACCUCAACUCCAAACAGGAACUCAGCGAAGAGACGGUCCUCCCUUCCCAAUGGGGAGGGGCUGCAGCUGAAGGAGAACUCGGAAUCAGAAGGCAUGUCCUGCCACUACUGGUCGCUGUUCGACGGUCACGCGGGGUCCGGGGCCGCCGUGGUGGCCUCCCGCCUGCUGCAGCACCACGUCACGGAGCAGCUGCAGGACAUCGUGGAGAUCCUUAAGAACUCGGCCGUGCUGCCGCCCACCUGCCUGGGCGAGGAGCCCGACCACACGCCCGCCAACAGCCGGACUCUGACCCGGGCGGCCUCGCUCCGCGGAGGGGUGGGCGCCCCGGGCUCCCCCAGCACGCCCCCGACGCGCUUCUUCACCGAGAAGAAGAUCCCGCACGAGUGCCUCGUCAUCGGGGCUCUGGAAAGUGCGUUCAAGGAAAUGGACCUACAAAUAGAACGAGAGAGGAGUUCAUAUAAUAUAUCUGGUGGCUGCACAGCGCUCAUUGUGGUUUGCCUCCUGGGGAAGCUGUACGUGGCAAACGCUGGAGAUAGCAGGGCUAUAAUCAUCAGAAACGGAGAAAUCAUCCCCAUGUCUUCGGAAUUCACCCCCGAGACUGAGCGCCAGCGGCUUCAGUACCUGGCAUUCAUGCAGCCUCACUUGCUGGGAAAUGAGUUCACACAUUUGGAGUUUCCAAGGAGAGUACAGAGAAAGGAACUUGGAAAGAAGAUGCUCUACAGGGACUUUAAUAUGACAGGCUGGGCAUACAAAACCAUUGAGGAUGAUGACUUGAAGUUUCCCCUUAUAUAUGGAGAAGGAAAGAAGGCCCGAGUAAUGGCAACUAUUGGAGUGACCAGGGGACUUGGGGACCAUGAUCUGAAGGUGCAUGACUCCAACAUCUACAUAAAACCAUUCCUGUCUUCAGCUCCAGAGGUAAGAAUCUACGAUCUCUCCAAAUAUGAGCAUGGAGCCGAUGACGUGCUGAUCUUGGCCACUGAUGGACUCUGGGAUGUUUUAUCAAAUGACGAAGUGGCAGAAGCCAUCACUCAGUUUCUUCCUAACUGUGAUCCAGAUGACCCUCACAGGUACACACUGGCAGCUCAGGACCUGGUGAUGCGUGCCCGGGGUGUCCUGAAGGACAGAGGAUGGCGGAUAUCCAAUGACCGACUGGGCUCAGGAGACGACAUUUCUGUAUAUGUCAUUCCUUUAAUACACGGAAACAGACUGUCAUGAAAACAGCCCAGGAUUUUUUGGGAGGACAGAAGGGAAGAAAGAGGGGCUGCCUCUUGGCAGGGUGGGGCUGGGAAGUGCUCCAGCCGAGUUCCAGGUGAUGCCACCUCUUCCCAGCCCAGGUGGGGAGCUUGCUGCUCAGAGGCCUCUGGCUGUGCUACAGGAGGACCCUUGGGUUUCAGUUUCCUCUUUAGUAACAGGUCUCGAUACUCAACAAGAACAAAACAUAAAGGCUGCUACUGAGUGUUGUGUUUGUUGGUUCCUUUCAUGGGCCUCCUAGGUGGCCACUGCCCAUCUGGGGGCACAUACAUCAUAUUUAUUUUAUCCAGAGGCAGAAGACUCUUCAGCCUGCCAAGCUGCCAGCUUUAUGGGUUAAAAGUGCCACGUUGGAAAGCUGGGGUCCUGCUGCAGAAUAUGUACGUGCCCACCCUCUAGUAAGCCUGAGCUUUACUUCAGGAAACACUGUGUGUGUGUGUGUGUGUGUGUGUGUGUGUGUGUCUGUGUGUGUGUCUGUGUGUGUGUGUGUCUGUGUGUCUGUGUCUGUCUGUCUGUCUCACUCUCUCUUCUUUUUUGGUGAUGGUAGGGUGCGGCAGGGACCUCUUUCUUUUUUGAUAUUCCCUGAAUCUUAAUUGUUUCCCUUCCAUAGAACAGCCUGGGGCUUUCCAAGCCCUUGGCGAGGAAUUUAUGUGUCCUAGUCCAGCCAAGACUGUCCCCAUAGCCUACACCAGCCAGGCAGCCAUCUGGAGCGGUGCCUGGGCUGAUGGAGUUCAGCCUUUGCUAUGUAACAGUUUAUUCCUGAGUUGCGUUUUCUCACCAAAUCAGUGUGUUUUCAUGGAAAUAUAGGUGUUUCUUUGGGUCAGCAGUGCCUCUGUUGUCUUCAAGGGUCCCCCCCGGUGUGGCUUGCAGUUUCUCUGAGAGUCUGGGCUUUUAUUUCUGGAAUGGCUGGCUCUCCCGCACGUGCUGUGCUGGGACACACACAAAGCAGUGUUGAAUCGAGCCGUUUAGGAAGCUCCUCAUAGCAUUCGGUUCACCAUACCUCAUUUGAGGACCAUUCCUCCACUGGGAUCCAUGGGCUGUGACUGUCCCCAGGCCCACUCCUAGUAACGUGUGAGUAUCAGAGCUCUGUCAGGGAGCAGCAGGCUUAGCCCCCCCACCAAUAUCUGGGCAAGGCCCCCCACUCCGAAUGGCCAUUUGAUAAAAAUGAUUUUGAAUUGGCUGACUGGUCAUUCUCAUGCAGUGCACCCUGUUCCUCCUCCAGGGAAUCAUGUCCCAGUGGCCCAAGCACUGUGACCCUGAUGAUUCCCACUGUCGCCCCACUUCUGAGUGUUCCGCACAAGAGCAGGAUCAGCAGCAGAAGCAGUGGACAGAUCAGGUCUACCUGCUGCUUCUCUGUCAGGAGGAAUCGCAAAACUGAUCUUCAGAAAUCACUUCUCUCUUAGGCAGACCACUUCUCAGCACUGGGGGUCCUUGGAGAGCAGUGUCCAAUGACCGCGUCUCCUUCCGGCAGCCCUCCUCUGGUAUCAUCACUAUUUUGACCACUUUUUGUAAUAAAAGCAUUCUUCCCACCCAAUAAAGAAAAAGGUCAUUGCUGUGAUCCUCCCCCCCCUCCCCCAAAGGCUAGAGAGCCAGUUCCAGUUCUCCUGUUUGUGUGAAUCCCUUCCCCAGGCGGGAGGAUAAGGCACCUUUCCUCUGGGCGAGGUAAUCACUUGUAUUUGCGUUCUGGAAUGUAGCUGUUUUUUAGGGAUGGCCUGGAGCCUUCCUGGAUUCACCUCACAGUGUGGAAACCAAGCCUGGUCUGGCAGGUGAAGAAUGGUGGGCAUUUACCCCCCAAGUGUUUGCCAAAAUGCUGCCUGGGAAGAACUGGACGGCUCCCUAGUCAGGGGUCACCUUCAUCUGACAGCUCCCCUCCCCCUUCAGUAUCUCGUAGCUACCGGCAACAUCUCUGUGGGGAGGGGUCUAUGGUAAACCAUUUGCUUCUCUGGCAGAAUGUGAUGCUCUGGGGACACAUGCAGGUAUCCUACAGCAGUGUGGUCCACUUCCUGUUCCUGCGCUGUUCGACUCUCAAAAUCAGGUACAAAUGCAGAAACUUGGGGAAGUUUUCCGUGGAGGCCUCUGAGCUGCCUUCCCUGGGAAGCUGUCCUCACAAGCACCUCUUCCCCCACGUCCCCACGGCCUUUUGUUUCUUUUCCCUCCUGGGCUCUUCUCCGGACCCUACCUUGAGCCUCUCUCUUUUUACUCAAGGCUCAGGAGCCAGUUUGGAUGUGCGUUUCAUGUACAUGUCAUGACAGCCCUCCACUCGAAUUCUUUAGUUCAUUUCCUGCCAAGGCACGUCUCAGGAAAACCUCUGGAACCCCCUUAUUAUCCUACAGUCUUGAGCAUUUAGUUCCACUGGAUUUAGUUAGGCAUCUAGGGAUUCUUUUCAUGAGCCCAUUGGGUGGAAAUACCUUAGCAGCAAGCUGAAGCCAUGUUUCUGUCUGGGGGGUGGGAGGGAAACCACAAAUAAGGCGAGUAAAUCAUGUGGGGAAAAAAUGAUUUGUUCCUGCCUGUGGCUGAUCUGCACGGCACGGAUACUGCUCUGCGAACUGAGCCUCCCUGCUUCUGGCCUUACUUUCCACCCGGGCCCCAUGUCGUCCCAUCCCAGAGCAGUGACUGUCUCUACAUAACAGUCAGCCCUUGGAGCAUUUUUUGUAAGGUCAAAAGGCAACACACUUACACGUGGUUCUGAUAUCUCAUGUGUCUGACUUACAGCCAAAUCUGCUUGCCCUGGCAGCCUCAGAGGAAGUCUUCUCUAAUAAAAAGCUUCCGAAUUCCUAGCCAAGUCUUUAUGGCCGUCUGAGUGGGACGUGUGGCCCCUUUAAAGAAAGGCUCUCUCAGUUCUAAAUCCCUCUGUUGGGCUGGGCCCUGGUCUUCAGAAUAUCUGGUGACACUCUCUUUCCCUAAAGAGAGCAAACUCACACUCCAUCCACACGGAGGCAUUUUGCCGGGUGAUAAACCAAGCCUUUGCUCUCCUCACACCUGAAAUCAGAGCAGCGGUUCUGUUGUGGUUGCGCCUCCCUACCUGCUGCUCUCAGGGAGGGAACAGAGAAGUGAAAAUCAGGCUAGGCCAGGUACUCAGCUGUCUAACAGGACAGAGCCCCCAAAGUGGGAGUUCGUUGUUUCCCACAGUAUGCAGCUUUGGGGAAUCUGGGGUGUUUAGUGCUUUAAUCCCUAACAGUUUACCUCCAUGGGGCUGUGUGAAGUCAGCUGUGCUCGUUCUUUUUACUCUUCUAAGUAUUCACUGACUCUUUGGAAAGAACCACAGCUGUCAGUGGACACUGGUGGGCAGGGAUGGGUCCCAGUGUCCACAUUUGGCCAUUCGGACAGAGUUUUCAGUUUACCAAGAGCACUAACGUGGAAAUACUUGGAAAAAAAUCUCCCACAUCUUUAAAACUCCGGUCUAACCCCCUUCCUCAUCUGCUCGUCAGCUUUAUCUACAAGGCCACGAGUGGUCAGUGAUUUUUCUUCUUACCACAGUCUGAGGCUCUUCUUACCUUUCCUUAAGUGACCCAACAGCUCCACUGUUUUCAGAGGGAACAUGUUAAGCUUUUAUGAGAUUCUAUUUUCGGUAAGUUCACGCUACUAGGACACUUGGAGAAAGCAGUGAGCGUCGUUGUCUAUGCAAAAAACCACCAGGCUGACCCCAAGUUAGCAGAUCUAAGAAAAGAGUGGAACAGUGUCCAGCUGCCAGACAGAAUUUUACAUCAGGAACUUGGGUUUUUGAGGACUUAAAAUUGCAGAGACGUGUCAUGGUCUGCAAACCAUAGCCCCCCACCGAGUGUACUGUGUGGGUGACGUGGCUUAUGUGUGUACACUGGAGGUUUUCAAAGGACACUACAUGAGCAGCCAGCCCCACCUGCCUCUUCUGUAAGCACUGUGAUGGCUCUUUGUCAGAUCUGAGUGCCAGUCCAGGGAGCGCUGCUCUUUCUAAUCUAUGGUGUGAUUUGUGUAAAUAGUUUUAAUUUUUCCUCUGUGUCUUAGACGAAGUUUUGUUUAUGUAGCGAUGAGGUAGACAGUGACCAAAUGAGGCUGUAAACGUGCUGUUUUCUACUGUGAUGUACUUGAAGGAGAAUCUCGUGUCCUCCACUUUCCAAUCUUCCAUUGAAUUUUGUGUUUGUUUGGGGAGUCUUGAAGUGGCUCUUUUACUCCUAUUUUGCCUCUAUUUUCUUUGUUUCUUCUGGAAACCCAGGGAAGCCCACAGUGGAGAUCAUCUGCAAGGAAUGUAUCAUGGUCUGGGUUUCCAAAAAAACAAAAAAAAACAAAAAAAACCCAACCCUACGUACAGUGAAUCAGUGAAUGAGAGGAAUCUGCCUGAAAAUGGUUUCAGAACCAUGUACCUUUAUGCUUUGUGAUUGUGAAACCCUAACUUUUGUAACCCAAAAAUGAAUACUGUUUAGUAAAGGGGACCUAUUUUGUGUGUUUUGAAACUUAGGUGCAAUGUUCCCUGGAAAAAGCUAAGGAAAUGCAUAUGCUCAACGCCAUUUUAAAAUAAAAUAUUAUAUAUCUGUA